GGGAGAGUAUUAGGGCGGUCUGCUGCGGCUGAGGCCCUCGAGGUCCCCAGUACAGCCUUCAGAUGCCUGAGUGUAAAACGGGGCUGCCUGCUGGAAAAUGGCGACACGGAGCAGGCAGGGUGAAGGGCAGCUGGGCCCGAUUAAAAUGGCUAACACACGCUCUUUAAGACGCUGUUACACUCAUUUAGGGUGACACCGGUUCCGCCGACUUGUUUAGACCUGUGACAUAAUCUGCAAUCAACAGCGUUAUUAUAUUAAAACACUCGCACUCUCAUUGGGUGACAAUGAUAUCUGUUUUACAGCUUCAUCGAGCAAGAAAACGAGCUGACAACGAUGCUAAAGGCUAAUGCUAGCUGCUCUUGUUAAUCAUGAGCUAACAAACGUUCAGUCCUGUUGGCGUUAGGUUUCUAAAUAACUUGUCAGCUGAUGUCACCGAACAAGUCACAACAGACCAGACCACAUUUGAACUGUACAAACUCAAAAUAGAGACCUUUAAUCACUCCACAGAGAGUGAAAAGACUUGAUACAGCCAUAAUGUUGACAGACGUUUAAGCAUUAGCCUAGGUGAAUGCUAACGUUCCUUGUUUUCCUAACAGUUUGUUACACUAUUCACAAAGUAAUAAAACAACUCAAUAAGCCUUAUUUUAGCACCCUAACACAUGUGUUAGCCUAACACUUUCUAUACAUUUCGCAUUGUAUCCCACCAUCAUCACUAAACCAUUAGAUGUAGUGAAAAUAUAGUUUGAGAAAAAUUACAAGUGUCAGUACACUUAUGUUCAAGUGUUCUUAAUACAAAAAUGUUUGUUAUGUACACCCCCUGGAUAGAAAACAUGCCCAGUUAGCUAUUUUAAACUGUUUCCCUCUGCAUUCCGUUUAGUACAAAGUCAUUUAAAUUCCUACAAACCCAUCAUUGGUUUCACAUUCAAUAUAAAAGUCUUCAUAAGGAUACACUAAAUGUAAACCCUACAUUCAAAGUGACUGCAAAACCAUACCUCAAAAACUGGUUCACUUGAAGUUGUUUGCCUAUCUGAAAGACUCAAUGACAGCUAUAAGAAACAUACAAAAUACCUUGAGAAAGACACGUUUGUGUUUUUCUUUAGUUACCAGUUUAGAGAGUGAAAUAAAAAAAAGUUCUCCGUCUAAAAUAAAAAUGUCUUCCAUAAGAGCUUAAGAUUAAAGAUUAAUCAUGAAACAAAUCAGGAGUUAUGUCAUAAUUUAUUAACACAGUGAAGUAGCAACAAACCCCAAGGCAUUAAAGGCUACAUAAACUUAAAAGUUGAUAUUGAGUUUAUGUUUUAUUUUUGAAGUCAUGGAUUCAGAGGAGAAUGAGGUGGAGAGCAGCAGCGAUGCGGGUCCUUCGGGGAUGGAGGAACCGUCUGAAAGCGGCAUGGGAGUGGAGUCAUCAGAGGCCAUGUCUGCAGACAGCAGUGAUGCUGCUGCUGCCUCUCAUGCACAGGCCCCUGAGUCCGACUGCCAUGUUGGACAGAGCUCAGAGGGACUUAUGGUGUUCGCCCCAGAAACCAGCUCCAGUACAGACGCCAGAGUUUCAUCAGUCCAUCUCCCAGACUCCUCCUCAGUGGCUCAGUCCACCAGCGUGUCCAGCGUCUCCACAGUGACUCAGUCGGUGAUGGUGUCUGAUUCAGCCCAAGUGCUGGUCCACUCCAGUGCUACAUCUGAAGGAUCCAUGAUGGUUUCUGACUCCACUGCUUCUACCUCGUCAGAUCUCGGGUCUGCCAUUGACAAGAUCAUAGAGUCCACCAUCGGCCCUGACAUCAUGAAUGGUUGCAUAGCUGUGACCAGUGCAGAAGAUGGAGGUGCAGAAACAACCCGAUAUUUGAUAUUACAAGGACCAGAUGACGCCAUAGAAGCUCUUGCUGAAGGACCCACCUCCACCUGUCUGGACCAGGGAGACCUGCGGCGCCACCAUGACCCUGAUCAGCCGGGCCCCUCGGGUUACCCAGAGGACAGCAGCAGUCAGCCCGACCAGCCCCAGCACUCCCACCCUUCCCAGUACAUGGACUGCAGUGCAGACGGUCCAGACCAGACGGGGGAGUCUUCAUCUUCCUAUGUGGAGUGUUCAGGCGAGGAGCCCGACCAGACCCGUUCCCAGUCUGGUUUCCCUGACUACAGCGGGGAUAACAGUGACCAGGAUCUGCCUGGAUAUGUGGAGUGCAGUGGGGCGGACUCAAACCCAACAAGCCGGGGUCACUAUGUUGUAGACUGCAGUGCUGGGUACAUGGAGUGUUCGGUGGACGAUGGGGCGCGACCGCAUCAUUCACGCAGUUACAUUGACAGUAGUGCAGACCACCGGACUCAGACAUUAAGACAAUAUGUGGCCCAGUAUGUAGGGGAGUGUGUCGCAGCUGCAGACUCUGAGCAACCGGGAUGCUCUCAGUAUCAAGCAAGGGACGAUGAUGAAGAUGAUGAGAAUAACCAGGAUCCAGACCAGCCGCAGCACUCUCAACAGCAGCCCCAGCACUCCUGUUACAUGGCAAGCAGCAACGGCCCAGAGGCCUCCAUCUAUGAGGAUGACAGCUCCUCUUCGGACCACCCUCUGGCAGACACGGCAGGCUCAGUGGGGCUUCCUGAGUCAUUGGAGUGCAGCGAGAGCCAGUCUGGGAUGUACAUCAGCAGCAGUGGGACUUACACCUCUAAUACAGAGCCUGAGUCAGCCCAACAGUGCUCACCUAGCCAAGAGGAGCCCCAAGGCUCCCAGGGGCCUCAGGAGGAAGCAGGGCCGGCCAGGGAGAUGGAGACAUCUACAGUGCCAGAAGUCUCAGGACACAGAGCACCUAACCUGGCUGAGUUGGAGGAGAUGAUGGAAGUAGUGAUUGUUCAGCAGUUCAAGUGUAAGAUGUGUCCGUACAAGAGUGUCUCCAAAGACACACUCAUCAACCACAUGAGAGACAAACACUUCAAACCUGUAGGGGAAAUGCCAAAAAAGCGUAAACGUGGGAGGCCUCCUAAAAGUGAGACAUUUGCCCGUCGUCAGGCAGAGAGGGUGGAAGCUGAAGAGAGGAAGGCAGCAAAAGCUGAGGCUGCUCAGCCCAAACAAGCAGAAGAAGAGGAGGAUGAUAUUGUGGAUUCUGGCGCUAUUGAUGAUGCUGAAGAGGAUAGUGAUUACACCCCUGCAGACGAGGACAGCAAAGGAAGACCACCUGCCGUUUUGAAGAAGUCCACUCCUCCAAUCUCUUCCUCCUCUCAUGGUCGUCCUCGGCGUAAAGUUGGCCGUCCAAGGAAGUACAGCCUUAUAGAAGAAGGCUACAGCAACAAAGCCACUCUUUCCUACUAUGGUGUGAUCUCCAUCGGCACCCCUCCCCAGUCCUUCAGUGUCAUCUUUGACACCGGCUCCUCCAACCUGUGGAUCCCUUCAGUGUACUGCUCCAGCCAGGCCUGCCAGAACCACCGUAAAUUCAACCCACAGCAGUCCAGUACUUUCAAAUGGGGAAGCCAGCCUCUGUCCAUCCAGUACGGCACCGGCAGCAUGACUGGAUAUCUGGCCAGUGACACUGUUGAGGUGGGCGGCAUCUCUGUGGUCAACCAGGUGUUCGGAAUCAGCCAUACAGAGGCUGCCUUCAUGGCUAGCAUGGUGGCUGAUGGCAUCCUGGGAUUGGCCUUCCAGAGCAUUGCUUCUGACAACGUCGUGCCUGUCUUUGACAUGAUGGUCAAGGGGGGACUUGUGUCUCAACCCCUGUUCUCCGUCUAUCUGAGCAGCAACAGUGAACAGGGCAGUGAGGUGGUCUUCGGUGGUGUUGACAGCAGCCACUACACUGGACAAAUCAACUGGAUCCCUCUGUCCUCUGAGACCUACUGGCAGAUCAAAAUGGACAGUGUUACCAUCAAUGGACAGAUUGUAGCCUGCGCUGGUGGCUGCCAGGCCAUCAUCGACACUGGUACCUCCCUGAUCGUUGGCCCAUCCAGUGACAUCAGCAACAUGAAUUCUUGGGUUGGAGCCUCAACCAACCAGUACGGAGAGGCUACAGUGAACUGCCAGAACAUCCAGAGCAUGCCUGAGGUCACCUUCACCCUCAACGAAAACACCUUCACCAUCCCUGCAUCUGCCUACGUCUCUCAGAGCUCCUACGGUUGCAGCACUGGCUUUGGCCAGAGUAGCCAACAGCUCUGGAUCCUGGGAGAUGUCUUCAUCAGGCAAUACUACGCCAUCUUUGACUCUAGCACUCUGAAAAUUGGUCUGGCCAAGUCUGUCUAAACACAUGAUUGAUAAGCGUGUAUUUCCCUGUAGGGACUUGUCUGAUUGAAAACAAAAAAAGGUGCAAAUGGAUUUACAUGAUGACAAAUACAUGAUUCAACCACAUUGUAGCAGCCUUUGCAAUAAAUUGAUUAUUAUAGCAACU